ACAACGCUCGCUAUUGCUUCAAUUUAAUUUAGCAGAAGCCUCAAACCUCUCCUCUCGCAACCGGAAGUCAGGAACCAUGAAUCAUCGUCAUAUCGGCUUGACAAAUCGCCAAAAACUAGCCACUGAUUGCAAUGGAAUCAUGAACCGGAGGACUCUGCAUCUUCUUCCAAACAAGAGGACUUCAAGAUUCGUGCGCAGAAGUCGUUCUGGACUCCUAAGGAAGAACGCCAGAAAUACGAAUAGGAAAUUGGCGGGGAAGAUUAGGGCAGGAAUUAAGCGACUGAGGGAAGAGAUGGCAGAGAUCAGUGAGGAACACAAGUGCAUUAGGGAGGGCCAGAGACAAGUGAGGGACAAGUUUGAGAAGAUGGAAGCAGAGCGCGAGCAGUUGUGGAAGGAAACAGAGCUCAUAUCAAAGCAGAACGCUGGCAUACAAGAGCGUUUAGGUCUUAUGUCUGGUAUCAUGAAAGCAAGAUCUCUAAAUGAUUUUGAUUUGGCUGCUCAACUCACUCACUCUCUCCGUGAUUUAUUGGCAAAGCAGGAUGAGCAAAUGAAUUGAAGAGUUCUCUUCUGCAAAAUACUGGAUGUAAACAAGGGGAAGCAUCUACAGUAACUGAAAUUAAAAAUCUAACCACCAGUACUGUCAAAAUAUUGUGCUUUCUUUCCUUCGUUUUCUUCUAUUUGGGCGUCUCUGUUUGUCCUCGAGCUUGAUAUGUUAAAAAAAAGUAAUGAUAGAUAAGUUUACUUCUCUUUCAAUUGUUUC